AUGGAGAAUGAAGAGGAAAGUGGGGAAAACGGAGAGAGGCAAAUGCGUGAAGAAAAUAGGAGUGUGCAUGAUGUCCGCGAGGAGAAUGGAAAUGUCCAGAGUAGUAUCCAAGAACAGCCACCUACCCGAAGCAACGAAGAAGGUAGAAGUGCACGGCAGUUAUGGAGCCUUACAGUUAACUUUUUGGCAGAUAAGAGUUCCAUUAUUUCACUGCUUUUUUUACUAGUUAGUUUGAUACAAUCCUAUUUGCAAAUCAAAAAAUUAAGGGAAGAGUUCUUUGAGAUAUUUUCAGACAAGCUCAACCAACAACAGUAA